UCCAGAUCUGCCGCUUUCUUCCCUCUGUCGUGUGCCGCCAUUCUCUGUUGUCGGUAAUCGUGAAGCGACCGGCCACCAUCCGGCCACUCUCGCGACCGCCUCACCGCCGUCGUCCGGGCUGGCCUGUCACCGCCAUCGACCCACUUUAGAUUUCUGAAUACUGUAAAAGGGCAAAGGAUGAGAAAGCUAAGGUUUCACGAGAAGAAGUUGUUAAAGAAGGUUAAUUUUCUGGAAUGGAAGAGAGAGGGAGGCCACAGGGAAGCUCAUGUUAUGCAGCGUUAUCACGUCACCGGCCGAGACGAUUACAAGAAGUAUUCGAGCCUGUGUAGGAGUGUGCAGAAGCUAGUGAAUAUUUUGAAGCAGAUGGACCCAAAAGACCCUUUUCGGAUCGAGAUCACUGAUACUCUCCUCGAAAAGCUGUAUAACAUUGGUGUCAUUCCAUCUAGAAAAAGCUUGGCUCUGUGUGAUCGCUUGUCGGUAUCGUCCUUCUGCCGGCGCAGGCUCUCUACGGUCCUGGUGAAGUUGAAAUUUGCUGAACACUUGAAAGAAGCUAUCACAUACAUAGAGCAAGGGCAUAUCCGAGUUGGCCCAGAGACAGUUACUGAUCCAGCAUAUCUUGUGACAAGAAACAUGGAAGACUUCGUUACUUGGGUAGAUUCAUCCAAGAUCAAGAAGAAAGUGCUGGAGUACAACGAAAGGCUUGAUGAUUAUGACAUAUUGGCCUGAGACAUUUUGGGGAAGUUCUUGAGGUAGAACUAGAACAAGAACUAGAACUAGAUGGAUUUCUAUGCUGCUGAGAAACAUGCAUGUUAGAAUUAUGGGGGGGUAGAAAUGAGAAUAUGUUUCCAAGUUUUUGUUUAUUGUUAUGAGUUGAAGGAAACUUUCGAGUGACAGAAGACAUGGUCAUAAUUUAUACUUCCAACAGUUAAAAAGUUUACUUUUGAGGUCUUUCAGUUU